UCGAAGCGGAGAGAGGAGGGGAGAGAGAGAGAGAGAGGAAGAUUUAGGAAUUCGUCUGCAGACUUGGAGCUUCGCUGUUAAAUGAAGAAUAAUGGCUUAGAAAUCCAGCUGGCUGGUAGUGCACAUCCUGCAUUUGUGUGUCCUUUUGGUUACCAUCAGUGGUGAGAAACAUCCCUACAAUUGGCCAAAUCCAACAGAAAAAAACAGCCACAAGAACAGCCAUCACCAACUUCCCCUACACUCCUCACCCAACGCCAGCUGGAGCAGGAUGGAGGCCUCAUUUGGCCCUACCUUCUCAGCCGUGGCUGCUGGAACUAAAGCUGAAGGAUCCAGCAACUACAAGCAGCAUAGAAGAACUCCUUCCUCCUCCAGCACUCUAACCUACUCUCCCCGGGAUGAUGACGAUGGAAUGCCUCCUAUCGGUACACCUCGGAGGUCAGAUUCAGCCAUCUCAGUCAGAUCUCUCCAUUCUGAGUCCAACAUGUCUUUGCGCUCUACUUUCUCUCUGCAUGAAGAGGAGGAGGACACAGAGCCCCAGGUGUUUGCUGAGCAGCCGUCAGUAAAACUUUGCUGCCAGUUGUGCUGUAACGUCUUCAAGGACCCAGUCAUCACCACGUGUGGACACACCUUCUGCAGACGAUGUGCCUUGACUUCAGACAAGUGCCCCGUGGAUGCAGCUAAGCUAACGGUUGUAGUAAACAAUAUUGCCGUAGCAGAGCAGAUCGGAGAGCUGUUCGUUCACUGUAAAUAUGGCUGCAGGGCCACAGCUUGCAGCACAAAUGGGGCUGCAUCCUCCACCUCCACAGUGGCCGGUAAACCUGGAGCAUUUGAGGUGGACCCCCUCGGAUGCCCAUUCACCAUCAAACUGUCCAUACGCAAAGAACAUGAGGACAGCUGUGACUACAGGCCGGUCCGCUGCCCCAACAACCCCUCCUGCCCCCCACUGCUCACUAUGAACCUUGAGGCUCACCUUAAAGAAUGUGAACACAUCAAAUGUCCACACUCAAAAUACGGUUGUACAUUCAUUGGUAACCAGGACACAUAUGAAACACACCUUGAGGUGUGUAAAUUUGAGGGUCUAAAGGAGUUUCUGCAGCAGACUGAUGACAGGUUCCAUGAGAUGCAGUUGACUCUGGCCCAGAAGGAUCAAGACAUUGCUUUCCUGCGCUCCAUGUUGGGCAAACUUUCAGAGAAGUUAGAUCAGCUUGAGAAGAACCUGGAGCUCAAAUUUGAUGUGUUGGAUGAGAAUCAGAGCAAACUGAGCGAGGACCUGAUGGAAUUCCGCAGGGAUGCCUCCAUGCUUAAUGAUGAACUGUCCCACAUCAAUGCCAGGCUUAACAUGGGAAUCCUGGGCUCAUAUGACCCCCAGCAGAUCUUCAAAUGCAAGGGGACAUUUGUUGGCCACCAGGGUCCCGUUUGGUGUCUGUGUGUCUACUCUACUGGAGACUUGCUUUUUUCUGGAUCCUCAGAUAAGACUAUCAAGGUUUGGGACACAUGCACCACCUACAAGUGUCAGAAAACCCUUGAAGGUCAUGAUGGCAUUGUUCUGGCUCUCUGUAUCCAGGGAAAUAGGCUCUACAGUGGCUCUGCAGACUGCACCAUCAUUGUGUGGGACAUCCAGACCCUGCAGAAAGUCAAUACCAUCCGUGCCCAUGACAACCCUGUAUGCACACUGGUCUCCUCUCACAACAUGUUGUUCAGCGGCUCCCUCAAGGCCAUUAAGGUGUGGGACAUAGUGGGUACAGAGCUGAAGCUGAAGAAGGAGCUGACUGGUCUGAAUCAUUGGGUUAGAGCACUGGUGGCCUCCCAGAAUCACCUGUACAGCGGCUCUUAUCAGACCAUCAAGAUUUGGGACAUCCGUUCUUUGGAGUGUGUUCACGUCCUGCAGACCAGUGGGGGCAGUGUGUACUCCAUCGCUGUCACCAACCAUCACAUUGUCUGUGGCACCUAUGAAAACCUCAUCCAUGUGUGGGACAUUGAGUCUAAAGAGCAGGUGCGGACACUGACAGGCCACGUGGGAACAGUUUAUGCUCUUGCUGUCAUCUCCACCCCUGACCAGACCAAAGUGUUCAGCGCCUCCUACGACCGCUCACUUAGGGUAUGGAGCAUGGACAACAUGAUCUGCACCCAGACCCUGCUGCGACACCAGGGCAGUGUCACAGCUCUGGCUGUUUCCAGAGGACGCCUCUUCUCUGGAGCUGUCGACAGCACCGUUAAGGUAUGGACAUGCUAAGCAAACAGUAUUCUCUGCAGGAGUCCAGUUAACUUCCCAUCUAUGUUUGUGUCAGAGGGACUCUACCAAUGGUAACAAUUAACAGUCUCAGACCAGUAAUACUCCUCUGCUCCCUAUUUGAACCAUUUCACUGUCUGCAUUGCUUUCGAAUGUCAUACAAACACUCCCAACACCUGGACCCUGAUUGUCCAGAUCGCCAUUCUUAGUGACCUGUUCACCAGUGCAUUAUGGGGCAAAAUAAGACGAGCUGCCUUAUAGCUGUGCCACUCUACCAAACCAAGAUGAACUGGAUGCUACACUCCGUUUUCAGAGCGGGAAGCAAAACGUUUGGACAGUCCUCUCUGCUUUCUGCGAACACUCCAUUCAAAAUCAGUACUGACGAUGCCUACUGCAAACUGUUUAGAUAAGUCUAGAGGCUGGUUUCACAAACAUGAUGUGACAUGUCACUCACCCCAAAUCCAUAUUUUUAUGCACUCCAGACAAAGACCAAACUGAAGAAUUCCAGAUUGGGACAAAGUAGUUAUAUCCAAAUGCAGUUUCAUGUUUAAUAUGUGCUUAAGACCGAAUUAAUGUCAGCUCA